AUGAGAACUCCGGACAGGCCUCACAUAAGAAAAUUGAGGUUGGCGGACAAUGCUUUCUUGACUCCACGACCAGUCGAUGUAAUCAUUGGAGCAGAUUUCUACGGAAGGAUCAUCAAGCCAAACAUCAUCACGAGCUACCAACAACACCAAUUGCUCAACUUUCCAUUUUUGGAUGUUGCUCAAGACGACCAGAGCAACCUGCAAGAGCUGCUCACCAAAUUCUGGGUUCAAGAGGAGUCACCGAUGGACAUUCCAUGCACGCUCACUCCGGAGGAAGAAGAAUGCGAAUCACAUUUCAGUGCGACUCACUCUCGUGAUCACACAGGAAGGUACAUCGUUCGCAUUCCACUCAAGGUACCAGCAUCGCUCUUAAGCAAUUCACACAAGAUUGCUCAAAGAUGUCUACAAAGCACUUUGCGACGACUCUCCAAGGAUUCAACAUACAACCAGCUCUACGUCGAGUUCAUGAAAGAAUACGAAGAAUUAGGACACAUGGUAAAGGCUCCAGAUCAUCAACGAAUUUCAUCACGAGAGGCUGAGAACGUUGGGCCUGAUGGGGAGAUGACCUUGGCACAUGAUGCUUCGGCAUCAGGAGGGUUGAGGGUCUCUUCUGACGGUUCAACACCUCAGACCUCUGCUCAUCUUCAACCAUAUUAUUUGCCUCACCAUGGAGUUCUACGUCUCGACAGUUCAACAACGAAGCUCAGGGCUGUAUUCAACGGAUCAAAAGCUACGACAUCAGGCAAAUCAGUCAACGAUUUAAUGCAUACUGGUGCUAAUUUGCUCUUAAAUGUUACAGAUGUUCUAAUUUGGCUUCGCCAUUAUCACCACAUUUUUGCCACAGAUAUCACAAAAAUGUAUCGCCAGGUAGCAGUUCACAAGGAUGAUUGGGAUCUCCAGCGAAUUCUUUGGAUCGAUGAAGACCGCAAUGUCAUCCCUUACCAGCUCACAACUGUCACGUAUGGCACAAAGGCGGCUCCCUUCGUGGCGACGCGAGCACUCAUGCAACUUGUUCACGAUGAGGGUCAUCGAUUCCCUCUGGCAACGCCUUCGCUCACGCAUGGCAGAUAUGUGGACGAUAUCUUUGGAGGAGCAGACUCAAUCUCGGAACUUGUGGAGGUCGCUCAACAGCUGAUUGCAUUGUGCAACGCGGGCGGAUUCCCACUCGCAAAAUGA